AUUUAGCUUUAUAAAAUCUAGCCUGUUCAAAGUAAACAAAUUGCCACGAUGUCAACACCCAUAAGUCAAAUAAUGAAUAAAACGAGAGCAAGAAGGAGUACGAUUACGGGAAAUAUCUUAAGGGAAACUCAAGCGUUGAGAAAAUUCGAAAUAAGUCAAAUUAAGAAGCAAAUCGAGAUUCUGGCGACAUUUCUGCCCGAUUUUCUGAUAAAGAUACCCCACAGUAAGUUAAACGCGCUUCACCAUUUUGUGGGAGUUUUUCUUUUCGCGGACAUUUCCGGCUUUACGGCCCUUUGCGAGAAGUAUAAUAAAACUGGAAAGGGCGGCACAUAUCGUUUGACGGCAACUUUAAACGCGUUCGUCGGCGCAAUCGUUGAAGUGAUUUACUUUUACGGAGGAGACGUUUUGAAAUUUUCAGGAGAUGCUUUUUUAGCACUUUGGAAGGCCGAACCCGACGAAUGUUUAUACAGAGUUAUACAUCAAGUGAUAGUUUGCGCACUUUUUAUUCAGCAACACUUGGGACGCUUCCAGACUGAAGUUAAUGUUCUGCUUAAAGUUAGAUUGGCGAUUUCUUGCGGAAAUAUGACUUUUCGAGUUAUAGGCGAUAGGAAUAAUAAGCAUUACGCGGCACUUGGAGAUGCUGUCAAUGAGGUUAAAAGAGCAGAACGUGCCAGUGUUUCCGGAGAUGUCGUUAUCGCUCCCAAUGCUUGGGGACAUCUUUCCGAAGAAAGCUACGAGGUUACAUAUGGCGAAGGAGGCAAUGUAAAGGUAUGGCAAUGCCUGUAUAAGCCGGACGAGAGGAAACAAAAGGUCGAAUACGAAGAAAAGGAAGAGAUUGCGAAAGAACUGUGCAAUAAGCACAUAAAACAUCGCCUGCAAUUGCAGGACGGUAUCGCAUUACCAGAUAGCAAAAUAAUGGAGAAUUUUAUUUCCUCGUUGCCGCAAAGAACCGUUCUCCAUAUAGCAACACAAAGGUGGCUAGCAUCUGAUAUGAAAAAAUUUGUUAUCAAACCUGUUCAAGACCAGAUCGAAGGCAAGCAGCCAUUGGAGUAUCUAACCGAAUUACGGGAAGUUACAAUACAGUUUGUGAAUAUUAUUUCCACUUCCCUUCCUUCAGCAAAACUUGCAGGUGUUGUAGAUGAGGCAUACCAUACUAUGACGCACAUCGUUAGCAAAUUUCGGGGGGUUGUCAACAAAGUAAUACUGUUCGACAAAGACAUCAUGAUUCUCGCCUUGUUCGGUUUGAGAGGCAAUAAGCACGAACUCGAAAGUCAAGAUGCGCUAAUCUCCGGUUUUCAAAUUUUUGUGGAAGCGUCGAAGAUUGCGAGCAUCAAAAGUGUAUCGGUCGGAAUUACUAACGGUUUGGCUUAUUGUGGAGUUGUGGGUCACCCUCUCAGAAGGGAAUAUACAGUAAUAGGCGCGCCAGUUAAUAAAGCUGCGAGAUUGAUGUGCGCUUUCGAAAAUAAGGUGACGUGUGACUACAGGACGUUCAAAAAUUCGAAAUUGUCUUCUUACUAUUUUCAAAUGCAGUCAACUAUCAAGCUGAAAGGAAUUGAAGACGCAGGACACAUUUUUGAGUACAACCAAAACUUUCAUAAACCAACCUAUUUUAAAACAUCUCUACUGCCAAUUAUUGGACGAGCCGAUGAACUAGCUUUAAUACGCGGCGUAAUUAACAAAGUGCAGGGCUUGGAAGGGUACUCGGGCGUUUGCUUUUAUGGAAAACAAAAAACGGGAAAGACGAAGAUUUUGGAAACUGCAGCAAUGCAGUUCGAGCGGAAGGGUUGCAUCGUUGCCGCCAUGGUUCUAACGCCAGCCUCUUUGCAUCCGUAUUUUUGCGUUUCCCGCCUCUACAAACAAAUCUUUGACAAAAGAGCAACAUUGUCAGAAAAUCCAAGAAAGUUGCUUAAUUUCCCUCCCGAAUUGUGGGACUUCAAGGAAAUCAUGCAGAAAUCUCGCAAAGACAGUUCAGCCGAACGUACAAAGAUGGUUAGUUUAUUUGAAGCGAUUUGUUUUAUCCAAGAUAAUGACAGAACAAUAAUCUUUGUCGAUAAUAUUCACUUUAUCGACCAGCAAAGUUUGGAAGUGAUAACUGCAGUUGUAUCAGAGACCGAACUGAAAAUGUUCUGCGCUGGCGAUUUUGAAGAAAGCACUUGGGAUGUGCAAUGGAAAUUAUCGAAAAGUGCAAAGGUAAAGAUGGUAGACUUAAAUCCUUUGAAUAACGACGAUAUAUUCCCUCUGUGUUGUCAGUUUUUAAAAACAAAAGGAAUAUCAAAGAAACUGGUAGCGCUGCUCGCUAAAACUUGUGAAGGAAGGCCUGGUUGGAUACAAAGCUGUCUUUUACGAUUAGUAAAUAACGGGAGAAUUGAAGUUAAGUUUAUUACGGCACAAUCAGAUAAAUUUGAUACUUACGCGUUUCCAAACCCAAACUUGUUGCGGUUGAAACAUUCUAAUGAAGCUGUUUGCGCGAGUAAAGCGGGAGUAAUUUCUGUUGCACAUUUAGAGGCAAGUAUUAAUGAGAACUCUAAUGAAUUGACCUUGGCCGCGAUUUCUUUGGACUUAUUUGAUUCUUUUCCACCUUACGAGCAGUUAGUGAUUAAAAUAGGGGCUGUUGUGGGAGAAAUGUUUACGCGUUCAUUAUUGUUUGUCAUGCUGAAGUACCCUAAAGAGCAGAUAUUCGCUAGCGCAAUCGCGAAUCUUUUCAAGGAAGAGGUCCUGGAUUGUGGUACCAGAUACAUAAGCACUGGCAGCCUAGCGUCAAAGAAGUUGUGUUGCGAUUGCUACACUGACGAACACGAUCGUUACAUCAGAAGGGAGAGUGCUGCAUUUCCCCCGUAUGCCUUUUGCAAACUUUUACACUUCAAGAAUAAAAACCUACGAUCCGUAGCUUACGAACUUUUACCAGCCAAUCAAAGGAAAGAAUUACAUUUACACAUAACCGACGUUUUGGAGAAUCAAAAUAACUCUUGCCCUAAUUGCCUGCGAGAUGACUCCACUUCUAUUAUACGUUUACGUACCUACAAACAGAUGAUGCAAUAUGCGGAUACCGAACAGUAUCCAGACUAUUACGACUCAUACUUGCCUGGUAAUGUUAAAAACAUAAUCAGACAAAAUAUUUCCAAGAACGUUAACUCUGCAACUUCAAUCUUUAGCCCUCAGUACAAGCGAAAGCUCUGGGACCCGUCGACCUGUUUCUGUUUAGAGAUUUUGACAAGAGUGUAUGCGGAUUUAAUUCAUCACAGUGAGCAAGCGGAGCAUACGGGAAAAAGAAUACUUUACCUGAUGCAGUACAGUGUAAUAUUACUUACCUUACACGAGUUUAAUGAUUGCAUUCCUGUGCUAACCGAAGCUAGUGAGCUUUGCAUGUCAGAUGCGAUCACUGCGGACCCAAGCUUUACCGAAUCGUGGCGCAAGUUGUACCUCAGUAAGAUACAUUUGCUACUGACCGAUGCGCAUUUACGCCUGGGCCAGAUGCAAACUGCAAAAAUACACAUUGCCAUUAGUCUAAGACAGUACAAUGUCCCUUUGGUGGCGAUGAAGUACAAAAUUCCUCUUAUGUUCCUCAAUAGACCUAGGAUCUUAUAUAAAACCUCGUAUCCUUUUGUCAUAAAUCAGAAACGUACUCUCCUACAAAGUGACUUCGGCAUGUGCUUGACGUUAUUGAGUACCAUUUUCGCAAGUGAGGGUAAAUGGGAACUAGCGAAGAGAGCGGCGGAACGAAGCCUUUCGAUUUUCAGUCACGCAAAUGCAAACAUUCGAAUGCUCUGUGAUGCAUAUACAAACGCCAUCGAGUUAUACAACAUGUUUGGAGACGUGCACGAGUGUGAACGCCUGGAGCGUGCAAUCGGCCUAAAUCUUUUGAAAAAGUACACCGAUAACGUAAUAAUCGAAUUGUACGCCAUUUGCAAACUAAUUUCUGUGUUGUUUAAAAUACGAUUAAUGCACGGACAUGUACCAGUAUCGAUACGAAUUGGUUAUAGAGCGCUUGAUCUAAUUGUACAAAUUCAUGCCAUGUACUUGCAAGCGGAAAUCAUCCCAACCUUGGCAUCCGCUUUGCUUAUGUCCAAACGGGUAGAAAACGCGGUUUCGGUGAUUAAACAACUGUUCAACAUUGCCAAAUCCACUGAUGACGCAGUCUUAAUCGGAUACUACGCCUUUUGCGUCGAAUUAAACGUAGAAGCUAGCUUCGUACUCGAGCCAGUCGAUAAAUGCGCGAAGUACGCGGAACAGUACUUCGAAAAGCAAAAGAACAGGGAAUUUUACUCGGACAAUGAAAACAAAAUUAUAAUCUACCUACACGUUCACUUCUUACGAAAUUGCAUGUGGCACGACGCACUCAAGUGGAAAACGUUAAUUAAGAUUGACACCCGCGACAUUUCAUCCUUCACGAUGGUCUCGGCCAUGUACAAAUUUGUAGAAGGCAUGCUGCUGACUUUAGUAUGGAACAUCACGAGUAAGAAAGCCUUCAUCGAGUUAGACCAGAAACGCAUCGAAACGCACCUGAAAUAUAGUAAUAAGUUAGCAAAAAAAUGGGCGUUAUUUAUGCCCCGUUACCUGCUUUAUAUGGCGUAUUAUAAAAAAAUUUUGGGUAAAGGUAAAUCCGCGGAGAGAUGCCUAAAGCAGGCGUUGGUAAUCGCAAGAAAACAAGGAAACAUUUUGGAAGAGUGUUGGAUAAUGCAAAAUCAAAGUGUUUGGAGUGGGGGUGGUGCUAAUUUUGGAACGGAUUUGAAAAACGUUCACUGGGUGAAAGCGCAGUCGUACUCCUCUAACCAGUGGUCUACUAUACUUUACGGUUUACCUUACGAGGUUAUUACGUAAGAUUUAAGUUAACUAUAUAUUUUAUUCUUUAUUUUAUAUAUAUAUAUACAUAUAAAUAAACUUUUUU